GUUCUGUUCUAGAACGCAUUGCUCUGUGAUAGUUUUGCGUCACGUUUGCGUCACCUCCUCACCCUGCGGCUUGCUGUAGCUCGGCUCGGCGUCGCUGCCACAGCAUUGCGUUGCGACCGCUCUGUCUUUUCUUCACAGUUGGCAGGAUGGAGCGGGACUGCUAGUCUACCUUGGCUUCUGCCAUAGGGUAGUUAUUUUCUCGACUGUUUUGUUCGUGUGAGUGAUAAGUGUGAGUGAAUACUUGAAAGUGCAUCGAAUUAUCCCCCUGCCUGGCCUUGCGCAGUGCUGAGAUGAGUCUCCAGUCAAGAAAAAGAUCCUCUAGUUUCUGCUGUUCUCAAGUUGUUCCUGUUGUUAGUCCAAAGAAGAUAAGAAUUUCUGAAGCCUUAGAAGCAUUGAAAGAAAAAGAUGAGUCAUAUCCCAAGCCUGGAACUCUUGUGGAUAUGGUUAGAGUUAAAAAAGUUGGGCCCUUCAUUUUGGGACCUGUGCUUGGAAACUCGCCUGUGAAGAGUAUUGUACACUAUCUUGCUCGUCAAGAAAAGACUGACAAGUUCUUCACUGUGAAGAUUUUGAGCCUGAAGCCCCCUAGCGAGGAAAAACAAGAUGACCGACUUGGCAAAAUGCUGCUGCAUACUGAGUACUCGCUUCUCACACUGUUGCGAGGCCAGCAGGGGGUAAUUCAACACCAUGGACUGUACAAGGACAUUGCCCUAGAGGAGGUGGACACGUCGCGCGGCACCGUCUACUCGGGCCGGGCCGUGCAGCGCGUGGCUCUCGUGCUCGACUGUCUCACGCCGCACGACUUCUCGCCCAGCGAGCACAUCAACCUGCAGCACUACGUGAUCCGCCAGAAGCGGCUGGCCGAGCAGGAGGCGCUGCUCAUCUUCAGCCACGUGGUGCGCGUCGUGGCCAUGCUGCACAAGAACAACGUCGUGCACCGCGACCUCAAGCUGGGUAACAUCGUGCUCAACCGGCGCACGAAGAAGGUGGUGCUUACCAAUUUUUGUCUGGGCAAGCACCUGCUGAAUGAGGACGACUUGGUGAAGGACCAGCGUGGCUCGCCGGCCUACAUCAGCCCGGACGUGCUCAGUGGAAAGCCCUAUCUAGGCAAGCCGUCGGACAUGUGGGCGCUGGGCGUCGUGCUCUACACGAUGCUGUACGGCCAGUUCCCGUUCUACAACGCUGCGCCACAGGAGCUGUUCCGCAAAAUCAAGGCGGCCGACUACGUCAUUCCUGACGACGGCCGGGUCUCUGAGCCAACCACCAUGCUGAUCCGGCGGCUGCUGCUGCUCGACCCGCGCCAGCGCAUCACUGCGGACCAGGUGACGGAGCACUACUUCGGCCGGCACACCAACCUGCUGCGCAUGAUGCACAGCAUGUACCCUGCGCCGCGCGAGCUGGCCUCGGACGACCAGGUGGUGCCGCAGCUGGCCAGCCCGCCGGCCGCCGAGCAGCGCCGACCGCCCACGCCCGUCGCCGCCGCCGCCUCCAGCCUGGAGACCAACGUCAACCAGCUGCAGCUGAUGGAGAGCAAGCUGUUCACGGUGGGCGCCGAGCGUCCGCCCACGCCCACCGAGCCGGCGCCGGCCAACCCGCUGAUGGCCCUCUCCCGCCACGACGUCAUCGAGCACAUCGACCGGGUGCUGCAGCGGCGUGCGCCCUGAGGGCGGCCGCGGCGCUCCGGGCGCCACCAGUGACCUCCACCCCCCGCGGGCAUUACCGUUCCCCGUCCUGACCCGGCCCGGCGUGGCACGCAGCCGCGCCGGGCCAGAGCGACUGAUGUGUGAAAGAUAGAAAGAAAUGAGAGUGAGAGUUACUGUGCGAGUCGGAGAGUAAAUGUGCGAGUGAGGACGGCGCUGAGCUGAAUGGGUGGCUCUGCGAGUACGAAACGGCACGGCGCGUACAUUCUCAGUGUUCCUGAAUACUUCUCCCGGUUUGUGGAUGCGCCUAGACUCGGUAGAACCGUAACGUGUGUGUAUGUAUGUGUGUCUGCGUGUUAGGGUCGUGUUUCUGCGUUUCUAUGUGCGCCGAACCGCUGCGAAUGGCAGUUCGAAUGCGUGUGACUCCGGUUAUAGUAGAUCCGCCGUUAAGGAAUGGUGCGAGGCCUGUCGCGGACAUUGCAGUUGUCCGCUUUGGGCUGAGCGCUUCUCCGCCUGGCACGACCGAUUCACUUCGUACAUCGUCCGCCUAGAAGGCCGUGCAAGCUAGCAAAUAGCCUGUAAGCCCAACCUGCGCUGGUGCCGCGUCCGUAUCUUUAAGUACCUACUGUAUUCGGUGAUUUUGUGUGAUCAAAGCGUUUUCUUCGUCGCGUUCUCAGUCCGCGUUUAGUUGCGAGUGAACUUCGUAUGCCCCGUAUUGCCGGUCAAAACGUGGUAUAGAAGUUGGAUUAUCUUGGCGCGUACCGAUUCCUCAUUUAGCCCAGCGCCAGUCCCGAACGUCCGUUCAGUGCAGAGGUGGGGGCCGGCGGGGAGGGCCGGGUCCGUGCCGGGGCCUCUCACCCGGCGUCGGCACCCUCAGAGGACUCGGGCCCGCCCGGCCGGCCGCCCACCGAGUGCCUGUGUAUGUCGUGCCGGUGUGAAAUGGUCUCAUCGUUCAUCUCGGCAGCUGCCACCCGCACCAUACCGUGUCCACCGUCACUGUGAUAGACUUCGCAUCGGGGGCGGCGGCGGCGGCGCGCGUCACCACACCUCCGCCGUCGCCGCACCGCCCCACCGCGCGAUGCGACGACCAUGAAGCUAUCCGGCAUUAGUUCCAGCUCGGCCGAGCCGGCCCAGCUGUCACGUGACCGCUCGGCCGGGCCGGCCCAGUUGUCACGUGACCGAUCCCGUUGAGAGAUCGGACCGAUAAGUUAUGAUAUAUGUUGGCAAUAUCGAAAAUACAUCAUCUAUGAAAGC